AUGCCCGACGACGACGUUGGUGACAGCGGCGGAGGCGGCGGGGAUGGCGACGACGGCGGUGGUUCUCUCCCUCCUGUGCCUUCUUCUUCUUCCGUGAAAGAGGAGGAGCUUCAGCUGGAACCUGAGGAAAAAGAGAAGCAGCUGCUGGAGAGCGCGAAUGUCGAGCAACAGGAGCAGAACGGGGAAGAGGGAGGAGACGAGGAGGGGGUGGUGCCGUCCCAGGAAGUUAAGAAGAAUGGUACGACGAUAUCAACCGUCUCUGCCUCUCUGUUUACAUGUUUGCAUGGAAAAUCUCACAAUUUUCUGCUACAUCUCCGUCCUGUUGCGUCCGCUGCAGAUUCCGAGGACGAUGCCGAAAAUGGAGAUAGCUCCUCGUCGUCCGGCGAUGCUGAGGACGACAAGACUGAGUAGUCUCUCUCUCUCUCUCUCUCGUUCUCCUCGCGUCUCCUUCUUAUUGGUGGUCCUGUUCUACCUGUGCAACUGUGGCGAUUCCCUCCCCGAUUGAACUGCGGCGAUCGUAAUAUACCAUUGUCGAAAUACCUUCUUCAUGGCCGUUUUAUAUUCGCAGAUUAUUUUUUUUUAGCUGGUCGUCGUUUAUACAAGGUUGAAUAUUUUGGCAUGUUCAUAUAAACGUUGCCGGCAUUUCUACAAACGUUCGAAUUUCUUUGGUCAUUCGCUGCUUUAAUUUGUUUCUAGACUUCCAUAUUCAGCAAGUUCCCAUUAAUUAAAGGCUGCAUUUAAAAAAAAAAACACAAGUGAGGACGAAUUCGGCCUGUUUAUUAUUCCUUGUUCAUGGUUUGAAGUCAGAACUCUGUCAACGACAGAAGAGGGAAAUGUGGCUUGAAUCAAUGACUAAAAGGGUGGAUGAUUCAAGUGCGCUCGGAGCUCACUAGAUUUGGGCCUCCGGUCCUGGUCAACCCCAGAACAGUGAGGUGAGAUGAGAUGAGCUGACCCUGGAACCUUCUGAUCUAGUCUCCAAAGAUGUGGAAGUAUCUACAAAUAUUGGCCACGAUAGCUCAGUAGGGGCAUACAUAUGCUCAUAGACUGGGUAAAAUGAUGUCUUUUAUCCUUUUGCUUGGUAGAACCCAAGAGAAAGUAACACGUUUGACGGCAUCACUGAGAUGAUGGCAGGAUGCCUUAUGUUUCCUUCUCUUGACAUAAAAGGAGGGUUGACUUCCAAUUUUUCUCAAAUGUUCUGCACGAAAUAUAAGUACUUUGCAGAGCACCGGAUGGUACAGUUGAGGCCAAGACAAUGAGAGAAUUAGAACUGCAGAAGAUGGUUGAAUGCGUGCCUUGCUAAUUAAGAAGCGCUAGGAGUUAUUGAACAAGGAGUGAUAGGGUUUUGGGUGAUGUGGUACUGAUCACUGCAGAGAACAGUUGAAAGCAUGUGAGAUGGAUAACGAUAUAAAUCUGGCUGAAAGACUGUUAGUUGCAGACUGUUGAUCUCAGUCAUGAAUAUGAGUUCUUUUUCUGAAAACGAUGAGAGGAGGUAAUGCUUGGUGGGUCUUGCACAUGAUUUGGUUUUGAGUGCUAUUUGUAAUCUUAAAAUUGGCCAUCUCGCACCAGUUUUGAGGCCUACAUCUUCCCUUGAUGAGUUUCAUUAUUAAAUUUGAAGGUUUACCAUUUUGGUCAACUUAUAAUUAUAACCUGAAAAUUAUCUGCAUACAUAUCUCUGAAAGAAGAAAUAUGAUAAACGAAAAAUGUUUAAACUUAUCUGCUGAUUUAUUUAUUUAUCAUCCCUCUUGCUGCUGCUAAUAUACCAAAACUCGUGGUUAGUCCUUGACCUGUUCGAUUUCUCUGUAUUAACAGUUUCUGGAUGAUGGAAUUCAAUUCUGUUGCAAAUUUGGCUCACAUUCUCUUUUUUGUAUAUUCAACCGUCGGUAAAUAAAUAAAUCUGACUUGUUUCGCUCAUGCAUUUAUCUGAAAGUUAAUGCAUUGGGAUAUGUUUGUUCCAUCGCAAUUUUGAUCACUGAUCCUAAUCAGACUCGUAUAAACUGAUAUUGAGUUUCUGUUUCCAUCUCUCGAAUAAUACAAGUCUAUUGCUGCUACUUCUGAAAUCCCUUUUAUGCUCUCUCUCUCUCUCACACACACACACACACACUCAAUCACUCAUAAUUCCCUUUUAUGUUAUUCCAAAAUCCUAUUUUUUCACGUUACUGAUUGGCUAGAUGAUAGAUCAUAGGUGCUGUUAGGCUAUUGUUUCUCUUUCCUAUUUUACUCUCUCUCUCUCUCUCUCUCUCUCCUCUUCUCUUCCUCUAGGCAUGCCACAUGCCCCAGACUCAGCCAGAUGAAAUCCACCCUGCUGUCAUGUCUUAAUUUUAAGCCGUUUGAUAACCUUGCAUAAGCAGAACAAGUGCAUCUGUUUGAACUGAUUCUAUUUCAUAUUCUUGAUUGAUUGUUCAGGUACGUCCUUGUUGAGCUGGCAGAUAUUCGCAGAGAAGUGCAAUGCCCCAUUUGCUUAGGUAUGGAUGGUUCAAGAAGCUUUUCCCAUCACUCGGUACUGCAAUUCGCCUGCCUAAGAUAGCCUGCCACUCUGCAAAGCAGAGCCUCUUACUUGCUUGACAUUUCAUCACAAGUAGCCACCUGUCUUUGCACAGCCAUGCAACCAUACCUGAAACAUCAAUGGAGCUUUUAUAAUAUGAUAGUUUACAUCCUUAAUGGGAUACCAUACCACCAAUAGGAUGCCAAUACUUACACCGUCAUAGUUGUGCAGCUAACGAUAGAUGGAUCUUGCCCUUUGACGAUCUUUGCUUCACACCAGCUGGUGAUGGGUGAUACCAUGAGCUGUGGAAAUGAGGUGAACCAAAACACUGGGAACUGAAUGGAUGACCGGUUGACGGCACAGGGUGGGGUGAUUGACGAUGAGGGAGCAGACAGAGGAUGUGCGCCUGUGACGAUGUAAGGUGAAAAUUGGUGAAUGAAGUGGCUAGUUUGAUGUGGAUCUGGUCAACCAUUCACAGGGGUUUGGAGCAUGGUCUUCCCAGGGAUGGCCUUCUACACCAUAUCUAGGGUUGUCCAACACUUCGAGCUGGGGUGCCUUCUCAGUCUUUGUGCUGCCUUAGCACGUGCCUUGACUACCAUGGUCUUGAAGGAUUGGGGAGAUGAUGAAACAUGCAUUUUUUAAGAAUAAAGUGAUCGAAUAUGCUCGACUAAGGUACAUUAAUGCUGACCGUCUGAGGCUAGAGAUGCAUCUUCAUCGCUAGGAAAACUGGGGGGGGGGGGGAUUUAAGAACACUGAAGAUAUUAGAGUUCCUAUAUAAUACUUGCUAAUAUUCUUGUCUGGAUGCGGAAAAUACCACUUUCUGGUCUCAUUUUGGAAAACUCGUUUACUUUUUAUGUCAAACCUUUCCUGCUGAAUGGCAGUGCAGUUCCAAAAUGAUAAGAUAAUCGUGGGUCUCAUUUCAUGAUCAACAAAGUUUUCAUUCCCUGGUUGAAACUCAAAAUUAAUCUGUAAACCAUGGAGUUUCGAAGUAGGACGUGAGCAUGCAUGCUGUUCGUAUAAGUUUAACAGACUAAUUCAGGAAUAUAUAAGGUUGCCAUCAUGGUGUAUGACAACUCUGAGCAUUUUUCUCAAACUAAUUCUUUAUAAAAAAAGGAUGAGGAAUUAUAUGAAAAAUAUAAAUUGUCGCUCAAAUAAAAUCAUGUGACAUGUGUAGAACAUCAUUCAUUUCGUUUGUUGAUACCCAAUUGCUUCUAGCAUCAGAUUGAAAAUAUCAAUUAAAUCUUAAUUAUAUAUUAGGCAAAAUCCUUGCCCAAGGAGAGGUGAUAUAAGUGGCCACAGCAUCACUGCUUUGUCAACAAGCACUAUGAUCCCCCCAAAAGUGAUGGACAGCUUUCCAAUUCCCUGCGGCAUGUUGUCCAAAAACAUCAUUAUCAUUACUAUGUUUAGUGACUAGUUGAUACAACGAAUCAGAUCACGUCAACUGUGGGAAUAUCGCAGUCAUGCUGGCGUUGAAUUUUCUCUGUUUGACUGCAUUUGAGAUAUAUGAAGAUCGUUCGUCCUUCUUUGAUUAGAAUUCACCUCUCUGAUCGCUUCAGAUUUGACUGCCACAUUCUAUAGUGACUUUAGUUGACAAAAGCUAUAUCAGCUUUGUAAUAUCUCUUGCUUUGACAUGCUGAAGAUAGAAAUCUAGUUGUCUGGAGCUGUUAAGGUAUGGAGUAUUUGGGAACCUCACUUUGAGACGUUUUAGAAGCCAGGUGACUUCAGAUCUUUGUCAGUGGUUCUUCACCGUUGACCACCAUAUGCCCAACUCUACAUGGGUCCACAAUGGAACAGCCCAGGUCUCCCACUGUUACACUUGCUAAUCUAGAGCCAUCUCCAUUGGUUAGAUUUUACCUAGCUAAGAUCUACUUUUAGGGCUCAACUAGAGCUACUCAAGCCUGGUUGAUUCCGAAGAUAAUACACUGGGGUGGUUGACCUUGUGGCUUUGUGCCUUCUACCAUUACUUUUACUCUGGAUAGUUUCUUGACCUCUACCCACAUGAUUUCUGAUUCUACCCACUGACUUUUUGCUCAUUAGUUCUGUUUGACUUUCGAUCUACACUACUCUAGGUGUACCUUUCCACAUCUCCCGAUGUGGUUCUAUUAUUUCCUAAUCCGAUGCAUCUACUUGUUGAAGAGGCCAUCGUCGUAUCUAAAGCUUGCUUGAGGUGCACUGUCCCGUAAAAAGAAAAUCUAUGCAUACAAAAUCUCAUAUCUAUUUCACAUCUAUGGACACAAGUGCUACAUGCUGCAUGCCAUGUCAAACCCCACAUAUUUCACGGCAGCGUGGGAUAGCUAAAUCAACUGCGCAUUAGAGGGAAGAAAUUUGGGCAAGGUAAGGCACAGAGAAGGGGGUUCCGAAGCUUGAAGGAAGGUAGAGUGGGGAGGCCAACUGAGAGAACCUGAGAGGACGAGGAAGUGUUUCUCCUCAGAAGAAAGGAAGAGUGGAGAAGGUGAAGCACAAGGGAUCUAUAGGAUGGACUGAAGCCCAAUGAAACUAUUUAGCACGGUAAUACCCAAUUGGUAAUAUCCAAUUGGCAGCCUGUAAUGCCACUUUGGGUAUUGAUUAUGAGGAGAACAUUGUGUGUGGGGCUAAUUGCUGCUCUAUUUCUUGGAAAGUUAGGUACCUGAGAAGCUUCACUUAGUGUUGACUCAUGUGCACGCUAAACCCCUGCGAGAUCCAACUCUUUAUGAACAGCUUUUUCAGGGGCAGUCUGCAUCUAUCUCGCAACUCGUCAUUUUUCAUGGAUCUGGUGGAUAAAGUCCGAAUUUUCAAUCCUCCUCCAUUAAUUCAUCAUAUAUAUCUUUUUUUCUAUCUUCAUCAUUUAUUUUCGUAUAUAAUGGCCGCCAUCUCAAGCUAUUGUUUCCGCUAUUUCCUCUCUCUGAGUUGUUUGCCCUUCUUGCUGACGACUGAGCUUGGCUCUUCUCUACCAAUUGGGUUCUCUCAUCUCUUUCUUGGGUAUACACAACUUUAGUCUUCCUCAAUUUUAUUUAUUAAUGCCUAUAUUUUUUUGUCUCCCCUCCAAUUCCCUUUGGCCGAUGAAGGUGUUUUGCUUUCUGUCCUCAGGGAUCAUCAGGAAGACGAGAACAGUGAUGGACUGCCUGCAUCGCUUCUGCAGAGAAUGCAUUGACCGGUCAAUGAGACUUGGGUAUGAAUGUGGGAUCUUCAUCCUCACACUUAACCCCCAAGAACACAUCUUUGAAUCUGAAGUUCUCCUGCUAUAUUUCAUUCCAGGAACAACGAGUGCCCCGCAUGUCGUACCCACUGCGCGAGCCGGCGUUCGCUGAGAGACGAUCCAAACUAUGACGCCCUGAUCGCAGCCCUGUACCCAGACAUCGACAAGUAUGAGGAGGAGGUGAUAGAAUCCUUCCUCUUUGCCGGCCUUUGACCUUGGGUUCUCGGCGUUGACUUCUUAUUCAUGCUGCAGGAGCUGGCCCUGCAUGAGGAAGAGCUUCUACGGAAUAAGAAGGUGCGGUGGUGUAAAUAACUUGGCGGGUUUUUAGUUUGAUCUCUUGUUGUGCUCACUAUGUAGCUCUUUUUGCCAUUUUUGGAUGUAGAUCCAAGCGUACAUAACGGAGACAUACCAGCGGCAAUCGGAGGCGCUUGGGAGGCGGCGGUCUUCAUCCAAGGCUGCUGAGGCCGGCUUCAUGAGAAGAUCACAGAGGAACUUCCGCAGUGGCCGCGGGCACAACGGCUACCCGAGGGGUGCGAGCAGGAGCUCCUGCCGCUUCACUGCUGCUGUCGCCAAUUCUGACAAUGAAGAGGAGGUGGCCGAUGCAAGUGAGGAGGGGAAGUAUGCCUCCUCAGCAAACGAACCCUCUCCAGAUCCUGGGAGGCAGAAGAGGUGCCGAAGAUGGGGCCCACCACGGUACUCUCACUCCCCCGCCCGGGCCCCACCAGGGCCCGACAGAAUCUAUGAUGAACCCGACGAGGCUGAACUAGGCCAGGAGGCCCUGGGGGCUUCACCCGGGUUGGUGGGCAGCAGGGAGGUGCUUGUGUGGGGGAAGAAUGGUGUUCGUAGCCAGACUCGGCAUGGCGGCUCUGGCGGCUCCAGUGGAAAGAGUGCCAGGGGCGAUCGCAUAUCCAAGCUCGUAGAGUACCUCCACAGCUUGGAUGAACAGGAUGAUGAGGUAAGGAUGAUGAAUGCUCAGACAUUAUUUGAAAAAAAUAAAGUCAAAUCUUCUUUGUCAACCAUAAGUUGACUCGUGUUCUGGGCUUUUUUCCCCCAGUUUGAUGUGCAUCUGAAACUAGUCCCUGCGGAAGAACAGAGGAUUCAGAGCGUAGAGCGGCCCUUCCUCUGCUGCCGGCCGACCUUGUCCAUCAAGCAGCUUUCUAAGGUAAUCAAUGCCGCCGUGAUUCUUUUUCAACCCUCUUCAGGGUGGGUUUCUGAUAAUCUGAGUUCACUUUUGCAGUUCAUAGCCCUUGAGACGGCCGUGGAAGCAGAGGGCAUCGAGAUCUUAGUGGAGAAGAAGCCUCCUCCCAGUCCUGCGCAGGGCUGCAGGGAAUUUCAGACAGUAGAAGCCCAGGAAUCCCUUGGCCGCCUCCACCAAGACUGCUCCUCCUCUUCAGCUCCCUGCGACCUGGUAAGCUCUUCUUCUUCAGCCAUUCCAUCAAUAAAUACAUAGAUAAAUUAAUAAAUGAAUGAAUAAAUUAAUAAGCCAAAGGUCGUUGACUUUGCUCUCCUCAGGUCUUGGCUUACAGGUCCAGGGUCCAGGGCGAGGAAUCAGCCAGCUCCCCCACAGUGGAGGGCCGGCCUGCCGGGCACUAUAAUUUUCUGUGA